CAAGGAUUUCAAUGGUCGGAAGGUUCGUCCCGGCCCACGGAGCGCGGCGAUGGCGGUCAAUGGCACUCGGCGGAGGUACGGCGUCCGGCGCCGCGGGACCUCUCCUAUAUAACCAGCAGGGCGCUCGGACCGGCCAGCACUCGCCACUCGACACCACCACGACGACAUGACUAAACUGACUCUCUACGCUCUCGCUCUCCUCCUCCUGGUGGCUGCGGCCUGGUCUGCACCGACCGAAGCCCAAUCUAAAAGUAUCAAGGAAGACUUAGAACCAGCUGACAAAGAUGACUUGAAGACUGCGGCGUCUCACUGGGGAGGUCACUGGGGAGGACACCACGGGGGCUGGGGCGGGCACUGGGGCGGCUACGGCGGCUACUACCCUUACUAUGGUAGUUACUGGGGCUGGCCAUACAGCUACUACUGGCCUCAUGGUGGCUACGGACACCACGGCUACUGGUGGUAGACAGACAUCUUCCGACCUGUGAUUCAUGCCGCUUCUACCAUUAAGGCUCCCCCCGUAAAGAUAAGGUUUCUUCUUGUGAUUUAAAGUAUACAACUAAAAUAGUUUUAAGAUCACUUACAUCUCAUGACUUGGACGGAGAAGCUUUACAUUUAUUCAUCGCAGUGUGACAUCCGUGGGAUUAUUCACCUCAUCAACAUUUCAGAGCAUUAGCAGCACCAUUUAUCAUCUCAAAUGUGCUAUCUUCUACUUCAUCAUCUCAAAUCAGUAGUAAAUUAUAAUUCAGUCCUACUUUUGUUAUCCUAUUGAUCACACGAUACAUUCAAACACAUAUGUUACAUACACUAUUGUAUUCGUAAUACAUAAUAAUAUAAUACAUUCAGAGUGGCGACGAGUGCUCCUAGAGGCGAGUUCACACCCUCGCGUCACCUUACACUCUACUAUAUAUUAUUUUUUUCGAUACAAAUUUAAUAACAUGUGUUCAUUAUUAGGGUGUCGUCUGCAUGCGACACAAGCUACCGCACUUUGUAAAUAUUUGUGAUUUAGUAAUAAAAUAUGCUUAAAAUUACAUA